CAUAAACCGGCCCGCCGCCCAUUUCUCCGCUGUGGGAAGAUUCCAGUAGAAGUAGCGGAGGAAUUAGAAUCGGCAAAGUAACUGUAACAAGGAGGGAAGAAGCAGAGUGGUCUCCUCUCCUGCUUCUCGUUGCCAGUUUGGAUUGGAUACAGAGAGUGAUAAUGGUCGAGGUAGCCGAUAAAUUGGCGUAUUUCCAAGCGAUCACGGGCCUCGAAGAUCUCGAUUUGUGCACGGAGAUCCUUCAGGCUCAUGGAUGGGACCUGGAGCUCGCGAUCUCCGCUUUCACCGGCGGUAACGAAAGCGCUGGGGCGGCUUCCGUAUCGACCGGUACUGCUGCUGUAACUGCCACCGACACUGGUACUGCGCCCGCGGGAUCGUCUAAUUCAGCUCCUCCCGAGGUGCUGGAGCGUUCCGAUUCCGCAGUUGGUGCCGUCGCCGCGGCGGCUCCUGGUUUAGCAUGGAAGCUCGUUACCUUACCUAUAUCCGUUAUUUCUGGCGGACUCGGGUUAGCCUCCGGUGCGGUAGGUCUUGGUCUGUGGGUUGCCGGCGGUAUUUUGUCUUACUCGCUUGGAAUGGUUGGGAUAGGACCGAGUGCAGGCCGGAACGGUGGUGAGUCUUCGUCCCGAUUGGUCUCGGUAUCUGCGUCGGCGAGGGAGGCUAUGGAUUUUGUGGCAGCGUUUGAGGGGGAAUAUGGUUCUAGGGGGCCGAAUUUUGUGACGGAGGGGUUCAUGGAUGCUCUCCAGCGGUCGAGGAACUCGUUCAAGCUGCUGUUUGUCUAUUUGCACUCUCCGGACCACUCUGACAGUCCCGGAUUCUGCGAGAGAACUCUCUGUUCGGAGGUUCUCUCUGAGUUCAUUAACCAGAACUUCGUCGCCUGGGGUGGAAGUAUUAGGGCUAGUGAAGGGUUUAAGAUGAGCAAUAGCUUGAAGGCUUCGAGAUAUCCGUUUUGUGCUGUGGUCAUGCCUGCUACUAAUCAGAGGAUAGCAUUGCUUCAGCAGAUUGAAGGCCCAAAAUCACCUGAAGAAAUGCUUACACUACUACAGAGAGUGCUUGAAGAAAGUGCGCCGGUUCUUACUGCAGCAAGGAUUGAAGCAGAGGAAAGAAUAAGCAACACGCGAUUGAGGGAGGAGCAAGAUGCUGCUUAUAGGGCUGCUCUUGAAGCCGAUCAGGCUAGGGAACGCCAGAGGAAAGAAGAAGAAGAACGAGUUGAAAGAGAAGCUGCUGAAGCAGAGAGGAAGCGCAAAGAGGAAGAGGAAGCCCGUGAAAGAGCUGCACAGGAGGCCGCAGAAAGAGAGGCUGCUCGAGCCAGAAUGCGGGAAGAGAAAGCCUUAGCACUUGGGGCCGAGCCUGAGAAAGGAGCUGAUGUUACCCAGGUUUUGGUUCGGUUUCCAACUGGAGAACGCAGAGACAGGAGGUUCCACAGCAGUACAACCAUCCAGUCUCUUUACGACUUUGUGGAUUCUUUGGGUUGCUUACAAGUGGAAGAUUAUAGCCUUGUGUCCAAUUUCCCACGCACUGUUUACGGGGAAGAAAAGCGAUCCUUGACCUUGAAAGAAGCAGGAUUGCAUCCACAGGCCAGCCUUUUUGUGGAGCUCAACUAGGGAGAUGGUUUAACAGGGAAUUCUGGGUUGUAGCUUUUGACAAGAUGAAUCCCAUCCCCUACAUAAAAUGAUAAAAAGAGACGAGGUGCUUCAGUUGUGUUACGUUUAGUGUUCUUAUCUUAACAGGAAACUUGGUUAGACAAGACAAUUUUGUGGGAUAUUUGAUCAGGAGGAAUAUAUGUUUCAUUUUCUUCUUCGGAUAUAAAGAAUGAUUGAUAGAGUAAUGGUAAAAUGAGCUUGUUGAUGCC